GCUGGACGCGGAUUGAAACUAUCGAUUCUCUUCUCCGUAAAGCAGGAUACGCAGGCCAGAUUACUGAUAAAAUUCGUGAAGGUAUUGUUCUCACACGAUACCAAAGUUCUAAACAGACGAUCACCUAUGAAGAAUACAUAAACUAUCUUGAGAAUAGCGGAAUCAUACCAGUGAAAGUGGGAAAGAAAUCAAACAAGUCGUCGAAAAUUGGGAACUUGUUAUUCGAAUAA